AUGAAAGACAGCGAUAAAUUCCGCGAUGUUAUUGAGUAUCACCAAGAAAUUUUUCGCUUAUUUAAUCUUUCGUGCGAAGUUUUUGGAAAAUUAAUCAUAUUGCAACGAUUUUGUUCAAUUGGAUUCAUCGUUUUAAACACCUCAACGUUUGUUUUACGUUACGAUUUAUUUAGCUUCAUAAACAUUACCUCAAGCUUAUUCUCGUUGAUGAUGUUUAACACAAUCGGACAACGUGUCAUUGAUGCGAAUCUCUUUUUAGCAGAAGCCGUUUAUAACUUAAAUUGGUACGAUGCCGAUGUUAAGUUGCAAAAGGAUGUCUUAAUUUUCCUUUGUUUAACCCAACGCGUUUUAAACAUUAAAUUGGGGUUGUUUGGUAUUGUUUCUUAUAACACAAUGACUUUGGAUCUUAAAAGAUGCUACGCUUGGUCGAGAACUAUUUCAACGUUGGUUUUGAAAAAGAAAUGA